UUAUAUCAUAUUAGAAGUUCCUCUUAUGUUCAAGAGUAAAUAAAGUUUUCUUAACUAGAGUUAUCGAUCUAUGUAGUAUAUUAUUAGUUGUUACCGCCAUAAAUCAGGAGAUAAAUGUCUACAUGGCUUAUUCAUUAUCAUCGACUUCACAGCGGAAACGGGAUUCAUUUGACAGAUAGUGAUUUAUUGAUCAAAGACGAUGUUGUAGCUCUUGUUGAAGUAGUUUAUUCGAUCAUACAUCUACUAAUGAAAGGAUCUUUCCGUCCAGCUUCGUGUCAAUGGGACAUGCCUCCUUAUAACGCUUUCAAUACAAGACUCCAAUUUGAAUGGAGAUAUUUCUCAUUCUAAUUACGUUUAGAAGUUCAAUUUUUUUUCUUUUCGGAUAUAUAUUACUUAAAUAAUUUAAAUAUGAAACUUUUCUCCGAAUUAUAGAUGGGUAUAUGGACAUAUUCGACUAGAUUUAAAUCUACUGACAAUCAGACAAGAACACUUGACAUUAUUCAAUCUCUGAAGAAUAAAACAUUGACUGUAACUUCAAAACUUAAUGCUCCUUAUAUAACUAAGGUAUAUACUAAUAAUCCAAAUAUGCCAUUUAAAUACGAAGGUUAUUGUGUUGAUCUGUUGGAUGCGAUCGCAUAUGAAUUAGGUUUCAAUUAUGUCAUUAGAGAAGUAGCUGAUAACAGUUAUGGAAAGAGAGAUCCAUUAGGAGAAUGGAAUGGAAUGAUUAGAGAACUCGUAGAUGGGAGAGCCGACUUGGCAAUUGGAGAUAUUACUAUCACGUAUGAAAGAGAAGAAGCGGUAGACUUUACUAUGCCUUUCAUGAACUUAGGAAUCGGAAUUCUAUUCAAGAAACCAACCAAAAAAAUUCCGAAGCUAUUUUCUUUUUUAUCUCCGCUUUCCGUAGAAGUAUGGCUAUAUAUGGUGACGGCAUUCCUGGGUGUUAGUCUAUUCCUUUUCAUUCUAGCAAGAUUUAGCCCAUACGAAUGGGUUAAUCCUCAUCCCUGUAAUCCUAAUCCAGAAACAUUAGAAAAUCAAUUUAAUCUCCUUAACACUCUAUGGUUCACCAUCGGCUGUUUAAUGCAACAAGGUUGCGACAUAACUCCCAGAGCACUUUCUACCAGACUGGCUGCAGGUAUGUGGUGGUUUUUCACCCUCAUCAUGGUUUCUUCUUAUACAGCCAAUCUAGCUGCAUUUCUCACAGUAGAAAGAUUAGGAGCCCCCAUUGAAAACGUCGAAGACUUGGCUAAACAGAGUCACAUUCAAUACGGUUGUGUGCAGUCGGGUUCAACUCAAGCCUUUUUUAAGUAUUCUAAUUAUUCGACUUAUAAACGAAUGUGGACAGUAAUGGAGUCGGCUCGACCUAGCGUAUUCACUGAAGAUAAUGACAAAGGCGUUGAAAGGGUCCUGAAAGGGAAUUAUGCUUUCUUAAUGGAAUCAACUUCUAUUGAAUACAGAGUAGAACGGAAUUGUGAAUUAACUAAAAUAGGUUCUAAUUUAGAUUCGAAAGGAUACGGCAUAGCUUUGCCAACGGGUUCUCCAUAUCGGACGUUAAUUUCCGAUUCAAUUUUGAAACUUCAAGAAAAAGGAGGAUUGAGGAUGUUAAAAGACAGAUGGUGGAAAUUAAAAGGAGGUGGAAGAUGCAGAAAAGAAGAAAAAUCCACUUCCCUUUCUGCAAGUGAAUUGGACUUAGCCAAUGUCGGAGGUGUAUUUUUGGUAUUGACGUGUGGCAUGGCUAUAGCUAUUUUUAUUGCAGCCAUAGAGUUUUAUUGGAAAUCUAGAAAAAUGCCGAAAGAUCAUAGGGAACCGUUAUGUGUAGAAUUUUGUCGAGAAUUUAAAUUCGUUGUUUCGUGCCAAACUUCUAAACCAGCUCCGAGAGAUGACGAGGAUCAACGUAUUGACAACAGUCUUCGUUUCAUGCCUCUCACCAGAUACACGGUGUCUACAUCUAAGGAUACAUUUUCCUGACAGGAGAAGAGCGAAGUUGUGCUGGAACCUUUAAAAAACGAAGGGAUCAGCUAUUAUCAUUAUUCCCAAGAUGACGUCUCCGAUAUAUAAAUUUAAUAAUUUAUCUUAUCGUGCUCGAUUUUACAGCAAAGUUUACAAUAGAAAAAAAAAAU